UUUGAUCCCAUCACACAUCAGCAGCAGCAAAGCGACGAGACAACCGGCUCCCCAGUCCCUCGCAACCUCAUCAUCUGCCCAUACCCACGCCAGGAGCUGGGCUAAACACAUGAUGCUUUCCACUCUCCAGCCAUCACACCACUCGAUACCGUCAUACUCCAAAUCAUCUGCCAUGUCCAGUAUGACUACCCAGCUGCCUAUAAUACCCCCGCGCCAGGCCCCGCCUAGGCCCAAGCUAUCCAUCAACACCGAGCAACCACGCAUCCUAGGAAAGGGUGCCAGUCUACGUCUUGAGACGCUCAGCGCAGUAUCGCCAACCGUCCGCAACACGUUUUCAAACGCCUAUGAGCGUCCAUCGACUGCUCCCGCUCUCCAGCGUCCUCAGCGACCUCAGCUCUCAAUAGAGAGCGACUUCCCCGCCUGCAGCAGUGCAUCCACGCCCAGUUCAGCUUCUACUCUAUCAUCUACUCUCACAUCAGCCUCAAACGACUCGGCCACCCACUCAAUACCCUACAAGCAACCUCACAACCUGGCCUCGAUUCUCUCAAACAGUCCCGCACGUUCGAUAAUACCACGCAAAAUGAACUCCAGCCGACCAAUGUUCCCCGCUGAGAAGCGCGUGUCUUUCCGCACACCACUCGAGGAGGAAAUUACGACGACCAAGUACACGCUUGCCCACUCUGACAUUGAGUCGUCCUGCUCCACCCUAUCAUCCAUCGCAUCUUCGGCCUCUACCGCAACCAACGAGUCGGAAGCCUCCACCUCGCAGCCAUCCUUGACCCUAAAGCCAUGCAAGACUGCGCCCGAGACCAGCAUAUCCCCUCUUCAACUCUCUCUCCUCAAGUCUAGCUCGACCCUAUCCUCGGCCGAAAGCUCACCUAAGAGAGAACCACGAACAGGAGAGAAGCGAGAUUCUUCCUCAUCGGAAGAUGACAGCGAUUCGUGUCCCGAGACCCCCGUCGCCGGACGACGGAAGAGGACGAGAGACUGGCGCUGGACUCUCGGUCCGUUACCAACUACCGACAAAUCAUCUUCAGCGUCGUCAGCAUCGUCAGCAAGUGAUGCCGCGAGUGAAGACAGUAGCUACUAGAGAUCUACGGACCCGAGGGAGAGAGUUAUGAACACGAACUUAACAGGGAGGGAUGAGGCAAGAGUACACCCGGGGCGUUGAUGAGCAUUUUUUCGGUGUUUAUUCUUUCCAUGAUACCACAUUGCAUAUUGUCCAGGGCGACGAUCUUACUAUAGCAUCACCAUUUUCACUAUUUACAACUUUUUAUUAUCAUCGCAUUGCCAAUAUAGCACAUUCACAUGUUUGCUCUAGUAGCACACACACUAUAAUCAAACACACCCACAUCCAAACCACA